AUGGCAAAAAGAAGUCAUUUAUCAGAUUUGGAGGUUGAGAAGCUGCUUUUAGAAAGUGACGAUAAUUUCAGUGACAGUUCUGAAAGUUUACAAGAUACAGAUAUUGAGGCUAGUGAAAGUGACUUCGAUUCAGAAACAUCUGACAACAAGACACUACUGCAGCAGACGGUACCUAGUGAAUUUGUGCAUGCUAGUUCAGUUCGUAUUCAAUAUUUGUUCAGUGGUAAUAGUGAUACAGUUGUGCCUCUAAAACAAAACAAUGUGAUGAGUUGUCUUAUGUGUUUUGUGGAUGAUGCUUUGUGCACAAUGGUAGAUGAACAGACAAACUUAUAUGCAGAACAGUUCAUAGCUUCUCAUCCCAAUUUAGCAGCACGCUCCAGGGUUCACAGUUGGCAGAAUACUACACGCGACAAGGUAAAAACACUUAUUGGAAUGCUUGUACUUCAAGGAAUCCUUCACAAACCAGACCACAAAAUGUACUUUUCAAAGAGGGAAUCAGUUGACACACCUUUCUUCGGGAAAGUGAUGAGUGAAAAGCGGUUUCAUCUUCUAUUGAAAUUCCUCCACUUUGCUGACAAUACCUCAUAUGAUCCACUAGGCACUAUCAGCAGAAAACUAUUCAAAAUUCACCCCAUUAUGGAGCAUCUGCGGCGUAAAUUCAGAUCAGUGUACAUGCCAGAAAGGAACAUCACCAUUGAGAAAUCGUUGUUGCUCUGGAAAGGACGGCUUGGAUGGAAGCAAUAUAUUCCAUCAAAGCAUAGCAGAUUUGGCAUCAAAUUGUACGAACUCUGUGAAAGCAGUUUCAGGUACGUAUGGGACUUUAUUGUUUACACUGGAAAGGACACUAAUUAUGGUAGCCACUAUCCAGAUGAAAAAAUAACCUCUCGAAUUGUUUUGGAGCUUGCACACAGUCUACUUGGGAAAGGCCACUAUAUUUAUCUUGACAACUGCUAUUCAUUUUUCAAUGCUGCUAGUACUGAUCCCUGGAAAGUAAGGCAAAUACGCCAGCAUGAUGUCUCCUUGUGUGUUGACCUCCAGGCUCUGGCCCAGUCAAAGGUACUGCAGACUAUGCACCACAACUGCUGCUCUAUCAAAGGAUUCACUGAGUUUCCAGCUGUAGUAGCUUGGUUGCAGUGUCAGCUGCUGACAUCGAGAACAUGGCAGACUGCAUCUUGUGCCAAUGGAACAGGGCAAAGGAGUCCUCAGUUCAACCUUAGCACAUGCAGAGGUGGCUGGAUCCCAGUGUUGUAG